AUGAAAGCUUUCGCCGCCCUGCUCGCCGCCUUGGCGACUAUCGAUAUCACUUCAGCUGCCACCGGAUACCUCCACAAGGAAAGGUCCACAUAUACACCUGCACUAGGAAGAAGAUGGACUUCAAAUAACCCCUACGUCACUGUAGAUGGGUCAGUAUGUACAGUAAAACCAAUGGGAGGUGGACAAGAUGAUGGUCCUAAUCUCUUAUACGCCUUCAACCUUUGUGGCUCGACUGCUCUGAUCAACCUUCCGGGUUAUUACACAGUCAACACCGUUCUUCAAACUUACCUCAACAACGUGGAGGUAAGGUUGACUGGUGCGAUAAGUUACGUUCCCGAUAUUGAAUAUUGGAGUCCAGCAAGUAUCUAUCUGACUUAUCAAAAUGCCACAACCUACUGGUUCUUCAGUGGAACUGGGAUCACCCUUCAUGGUGGAGGUACGAUCGACGCAAAUGGUCAAACUUGGUGGGACUACUACGCCCAGAACAAGAAUGCCGGAGUCGCAGGAGGAUCUUCUCGAACGUUCGCCAGGCCUAUUCCGUUGACAGUUGGAAAUGCAAGUAAUGUCGUCGUAGACGAUAUCAGCGUCAUUAAUUCCCCUUUCUGGCAUAAUUUUGUCUAUCAAUCUACCGACGUCACCUACUCGAACAUCCAAAUCCGAUCGAUCUCAUCAAACGAAUCUGCCGAAGCUGCCAAUUCGGAUGGAUGGGAUAUCUACAGAUCAAGUUAUGUCACUGUUAGAGACUCGAAUGUCCAAAAUGGUGAUGAUUGUGUAUCAUUCAAACCUAAUUCUACAUAUAUGACUGUCGAGAAUAUGAUUUGCAAUGGUUCACACGGUAUAUCAGUUGGAUCAUUAGGUCAAUAUGCAGGUGAAACCGACAUCGUCGCAAACGUCUACGUUCGAAAUAUCUCCAUGUCCAAUGCUCAGAACGGUGCUCGAAUCAAAGUGUUCGGGGGAUCGAAUGAUACGAAGUCCAUCUCAGGUGGUGGAGUAGGUUACGUCAAGAAUGUCACUUUCCAAGAUUUCGUCAAUGACAAUGUUGAUAAUCCUAUAUAUCUGACUCAAUGCUAUUCAUCUUCUGCACAACAAUGUCAAGAUCAUCCAUCGACUUUAUCCAUCUCCGACGUUCAUUUUAUCAACAUCUCCGGAUCCGCCUCAGGCCUCGUACCCAAUAACACCGUCGCGACUCUGGAAUGUUCAGCUGAAUGUGUCGAUAUUACUGCUUCUGGAACUCAAUUGUCCCCUAAGAACGGUACGGUCGGAAGUGGCAAGUAUCUAUGUGCGAAUCUACAGGAUGAAAGUACUUUGGAUUUCCAAUGUACCGAUGUUCCUAUCACUAAGGGAUAG